UCUUUUUCUAAAAACAACAACAUGGCGGAAAGUAGGCGCGUUGAAACAAGCCCUCCUUUAUUUCAUUCUUUGGAGAAGGUGUAUUUAGGAUCAACCGAAAAAGUGGCCCCCAGGUGAGAUUUAUGAGCUUACUUUUUCUCUGUGCAAGGGUCAUGCGUUGACUUUCCUCAGUAUAUUUUAGAUAAUUAUUACAUAGAGAUGUGCACCCUUCCGUGUUUCCGGCCCGUAUAACAGCUGAGCUCAUACUCUUUUUUGUCAACCGCGAAGUGAGGCGAUCUGCAAAAGCAAGAUAUUUAUUAGCUACAUGUAAUCUAAAUUGUUUGAUAUAUACCUUUUGAUAUUGCAUGGUGAUUCAAAAGUUUUUAUAAAGUCGCAUACAUUACAAGGUGCGGUUUGUUUCUCAAUCGCCCAGCUUAUAGGAUCAGAACGUCCCUGAGAUCUGAAAUCCCUGAGAGCGCUCUUAACAUUAGCCUUAUUAUUUAAUUAAUUUGGUUGCAACGUGGUUGUAAAUUGUUUGCCACAAAAUCUUAAUUACUCUGGAUAAGCUCGAAUGUCUUAGGAGAUUUGCACAUUAGUUUGCAAGACUACUCUAUUGUCUAAUGCUGACCAUCGCCAUUCUGGGAAGUAUCAGGGGUAACCAACUGAGAUGAAAAAAAUCUUUUGAAAAAUCCUAUACAUCAUUCAGUUUCAGCAUGCCUUGUUCCUCAUUCCCGGUCAAGUUCAACUGCAUGAAACUGUGUAAAACAAUAAUAAUUGACUAUUUCACACCUGCACUACUGCAAACUUUAAUAAGACCAGGGUUGUCAAAAUGAUUUGAAGUAGCCGGAGAAUUAAAGUGAGUAGGCGGCAAUAGGGCCGGAGGCCCCCCAGGAGGCAAGGGGUCUGGGGGCCGCCUAGGCACCCAGCGGGGUACAGGGGCAGUGUCCCGUUGGGGGUCGAUGGGGCGAAGCCCCCUGAAACAAAACGGAUUUGAGGUUUUCGCGCUAGCUGAAAUUCGCUCUCCUGAGAGCAAUGCUAACAAUCCUGAGUAUUUUGAAUGAACACCAUCAUUUUGUUUUUUUUUAUUCCCCAUUUCAUUAUUCUCUUAGAUGCCAUAUCCUAGUACACGUUAGGUCCAUAUUUGUUUGUUUACAAUAAUAAUGUUUACUAUUUCUCAGAUUUUUUUAAUGAUAACAGAUUAAGAGUGACAAAAUUACCGUAAAAUCACCGGGAAGAAAAAACUUACUGUUGGUCAACAAAAACUAGUUUACUUUAGAACACUUUUGUAUCAAAAAUAUCAACAAACUCACCUUCACUUCUUGCUCUUUUGCUAAAAAAGUUGACCAGAGAGGACUGUCGUUUAGCCAUUUUCUCAUAUAAACUCCGAAUUUUCAAGUUUCCCAAGACCAAGUGUGGAUUGAGCAAGUGUAAUUGGAUACCAAGAGCGGGAAUUUUUAUUUGUUUCCUUUGGUUGCAUUGCGUUAUCGGCACGUGCGCAAGUCAAACUUUGAAAAUUAAAAAUGCUUUUCUUGCGGGCAAUUUUCUGUAUAAGAAUGAAGUUUCAGACAACUUUCCUUGAAAGAUUCAUCAUAUCAUGCACAACUCUUUUAUUGGCAUCAAUCCAUGAAAAACGAAAAUGAUGUUCUACACGUCUGAAAAAAUUAACCAACGUUUUGGAAUGCGUCAUGUUUGUCAGCCAAUUUCAUGUACAUUGUAAGAUAGGUACUUUAAGACAUCGCAUUUCAUUUGAUUCGAUUUCAGAUGCAAACUCGUACCAGAUGAGUGCGAAAACCAAUCGAAAGCUUCGGCGUGUCUUUUAUUCUUCAUUGUGAACGAACGAUUAUUUUAAAGACUAGGUAAACAAACCCGUCGCAUGCAUCAACGCUAUUUUUAUGCGCUUCGUUGUAUCAUAUUACGGCUAAAGAAAGAAGUAAUCGGGAGUGGAUUAGAAAACACGUUUCAAAAUCACGAAAAAGAACAUUCAGGACAUGAUGAAAACAAUUUCUUUUUCUAUUCUUUUUUCUACUUUACAACUUUUUUUUAAUCCUCUAUUUUUCCCUUUCUCCAGCAAUUUACAGCCGGCGAAAACCUCAGAGUAGCUGGUGAUAGCGCCGGUCGCCGACGCAUUUUGAAAACCCUGAUAAGACUAUGAAAGAUUUGUUGCCACAGAGUAAAUUCCUAGACUUUUGACAUAUCUUCCAGUAAAAUACACAAUUCUGUUGUUCCACUUUUGUUUUAAAUGAAUUAUUAAUUUAUUUGACUUGACGGUUUGAACAAAGGUACCACACGGCAACGAUAAGGCAAGAUUCGCAAUAACAGCAGUGUUAAAUUGUUCUUUAAUAUCUGUCUGGUGAUGUUUUCGCUAAUGACUACUGUAUCAACUUAGCACCCACUGCUUGCCUGAAAAGCAGACAAAUACAUUUCGAUUAACCGUCUUCAUUGCAAACCACUUGAAUUGCAGGUAAAAUCUGACACAAUAACACAAUGUUCACAGAUGCCUUAAUUAGGGGGCAGCAGACCACUUGUAAAGGAAAUGUAUCAGGCACUCCUAUUUUUUCCCUUCCCCCCCCCCCCAAAACAAAAACCACCUAUUCAGAAAAUAUUUUUUUUUUUUUUUUACAUUUUUUUUUUUCUUUUUUUUUUUUUUUUAUUGUAGCCCUUUUUCCUAUUGGGACAUCUAUUUGUUACGAUCUUUUCAUUUAUUUUCUUUUUUCAUUCUUUCGUUCUCAUAUUUGAUUUACCCCUUUUAAUUCAAAACACAUGAAAUGUAAGGAAAAACUCACACAAAAAAAAAAAUUUUCCAAAUUGCCUUAAUAGGGGGGAAAAAACCCCCUUUAAAGGAAAAUUAUCCGGGCCCCCCUUUUUUUCCCCUCCCCCCCCCCCCCCAAAAAAAAAAAAACCACCUGAUCAGAGUUUAGUUUAUGUGUUACCAUUACAUUUUUGAUUUCUGUUUUUCUCUUGAAUAGGGUGUCACCUUUCGGACUAGGGCCUUAAAUUGGGUAAAAAUUUUUGUUUGUCUCAUCCUUAAAUAGGGUUGGGGUUUAGGACCGUAGGACCUUCCCCCCCCUCCCCCCGGGAUUCAUGCUUUAUUAUUUGGAAAGUUCACCCUUCUGGUUUCUUGAUUCAUUAGAUAUCAGAAGAUUAAAGAAACAUUUCAGCAAAAGUAUGGUUGUGACCCAGAAUUCUAUGCGAGAGCACCUGGGAGAGUCAAUAUUAUUGGUAAGCAGAAAUAGGUGGUUUAUUAUGAGUUGUGGUCAACUCGCAAAUUUGUUGAAUUCAAAGCAAUUAUUUGUUAAAUUAAUUAUUAACAAAAAAUAAAGGGAAUUAAUAAUUAAAUUAUGGCAAGGCUCGAAAAAAAAAUUGAAUUCCAGCUUGUCCUUUGGGCAAGCAGCUCUCCCAUUGUUUUUGUUCCAGGCCACUUCUUGCUUGUCUUAGUUAAUGAUUUUGUUUGAGGAUGACUUGUUUGGAGCCUUGCCUACUGUGCAAAUAAGCUUUUAAAUUUACUUGCCCUUCAAGAAAAUCAAAUUGCCCCAAACUACUGGAUGAGACUGUUUUUGAGCCCUGUAUGGGCUUAGUAAAUCUUUACUAAUCUUGUAUUCUUAUAAUUAUUUUAUCUAUCACUGACAGCACAGCAAACUAUUGUGAAUUAUUAUUGUUUUGCUAAUUAGGAGAACAUAUUGACUAUUGUGGCUAUGGUGUUCUACCGAUGGCCGUGGAGCAGGAUAUUGUUAUAGCAGUGGGACAAAAUGAUAAGAAGAUGCUCAACUUGUCUAAUACUUUCAACAGCUUUCAGUAAGUUAGCAUAAGAAACUUACUAUAAACCCUUGAGUAGUAAAAAUCCUCUCUUAAAAGGGCCAUGUCAUCAGGAUAUUGCUCUUUUAGGUCAUUUCUCUGCAAAUGCCAUUACUUACAGCCUUAACCCAAUUAUACACAAAAUGCCCUGUAGAGUUAUAAAAAAGAUAAGUUAUCUAAAAACUUUCAUCAGGGAGCACUAUCACUAACAAUGUUUUUCUUGCCAUCCAUAGCAACCGAUGACAGAUGAUGAUGAUUAAAUAAUUAGCAAUUAAUGAAUUCGGCUUUCUUAGGAUAUGGAGAAUUAAGCAGAUUGAGGAUGGUGGUAUCCACCGAGGCUGAAGCCCAAGGUGGAUAACACCCUCCAAGAUCUGCUUUAUUGUUCAUAUCCUACAAAAGCCGAAUUCAUUAAUUGCUUUAUCAUUCAUUCAAAAUAAUUCCUAGUUUAAAACAUAGCUAAAACAUGCUUAUCUGCAUCGAUGUUAAGUUCAUCUUUGAUAGUGUACAUUUAGGUUUGUCCAGCUCCGCAGAUAUUCUCCAAAUAGCAGAUGUCACCCUCCGAGUUUUUGACGUCAUUUCCUCGUUAAACACAAAAUUCUCCCAAAUUUGGUCAUCAGUAUAUUUAACUGGUUAUGGUGAAUUAUGCGUGUGCUUUUAGCCAAUAAGAAUUGGGGAAAUAUUUUGAAUGAAUAAUAAUAUUUUUUUUUAGUCUUAACAACAAAAGUGGACCAUUGUUUUUGGAAUAAUAGAAUAGAAUUAUUCUAUUAAUGCAAAGAUAGGUUUUAGUUUUUCCAAAAAAUACCCAGUAACAAAUUAAUUAAUAGUGUGACAUGAUCCAUUUAUAAAGGUACUGGGUACCAUGUUAAAUUUCAAUAAUGUUAGGAAGGUGUUGAUCUUGUAAUCAUCAUCAUCAUCAUCAUCAUUGACUCAAUACACAGUAUCUGGGACAGACUGGCCUUGUGUCUGAGUCUGACCCACCACACCUACAGAUUAGCCAACAGGCCUCGGUUGUUCAAACGGUGGAUACCGCUAUCCACCGGAUAAAUUUCUGUCCAGUGGGUAUUUUUCCUUCUACUUAUCCGCUGGAUAGUGAUUAAUCCAGGGGAUAGUGCUAUCCAACAUUUGAACAGACUCGACCUCAUCGUCUUAUAAAAGUGUCCAUGAAGAGAGAGUGAGAGAGAGAGACAUUACUGUCAAUCAAAAGUGUUCUCCAACCCUUCACGGGAUUUCUUUUAAUUGCUUUCUUUAAUUUCUAGCAUUCGAGUCAAGUGAAAAGUUUACAUGUAUUGUACUCUUUUAGGGCUCUCUCAUGUACAUGGAAGUAUUUAUCCUAUAAUGUUUUAUUGUUUUAUAGUGAUUUUAGUGUAAGCUGUGAAGAGUACAAGAUAGAUGGAAAAGAGUGGUACCAUUAUUUUCUCUGUGGAUACAAGGUAUGCAUGUAAAAUCUUGGCUUAUUCCUCAGGAAAUUUUUCAUUAAGAUAAAAAAUGAUCAUUGUUACUAGUGACUGGUUGAUUAAAAAAAUUAGUGAUAUCUUUGACAAAGUUUCUUAGUUUAAGAAUUCUAAGUGCAAAAUGUGGACAGUUUUGUUCUAUAAAAUGUGAGUUAUGGUCAGUAGGUUUAACUCAAGGAUUGCAGAGAUCUUUUGAGAUGUUUAUGCCAUUUCAACGUGCAAGUCAGAACUUAACAUUAAAGGAUGAAUCCAUCAUUUUUAUUUUAGGGUUUAGUGGAUUACAUGAAGAUUACAUCUCCCAUAGGCUUAAAUCUUUUAGUUGAUGGAAAUGUACCAAAGGUAUGGAAUCUGUUUUGUUUUCCAUUUAACCUUUUAGCCCUAUAUCUGCACAGCCAAAUGUGUUCUCCCUAUAUCUCCUUCACUGGUACUGAUAACACCUUAUUAUUAUUAUUAUUAUUAUUAUUAUUAUUAUUAUUUUAGUUAAAUUAACCCAUUUUCCUUGGGACGUUUUACCGAAAAACCUAUUUUGAAUCUAGCUAAGUGAUUUCUGGUCAUAACCUUCUGUAAAGAAGCAAAUACACUCAAAACAUUGUUUAAAAAUCAAAUGUCAUCAGCGGCUUCUAUUCCUGAAGCUGAACAACAGCUUUCAAAGCUUAGGCCAGUGUGCAGAAGGCAAAAUCUUAAGACAGUUUUGAACCCUUAACUUUUUCCAUUGCUUUCUCUCCAGUCCCUGAUCCCUUUUCUUCCCCCAUUUCUUGUUUUUGCUGAUGGUAUUCUAGGCAUUAUUAAUUUUGUUUAGAAAUUAAAGCUUUUGUGAAGACCCUGAGGAUUGUGAAAAUAUUUUGAAGAAAGUUCAAGUGGGUAGUGGAAGAAUAUUUUCCCUGGAAUUUUCUGUCUAACUGGAUUGUGCUUGCUUGGGAUCUAGUGUGAAAGAUUUCCUCCCCCUGCCCAAGUUAGGUGUUAUAGCCAUCUAUAUAGAUGUUACAUGUCAAAUUUAUUUUGAGGUUACUUUUUUAAAGCCAGGUUGCGAAUCAACCAAAGUUAAAUCAAAAUUAACCUGAAAUCUAAUAUUUGAUAUGUCACAAAUACAGCUAUAGAUAAAUAGUAUUUACACCUGUACCUAUUUACAGUUAAAAUUCAUAAUGAGAGGAAAGGGCACUAUAGAAGUUAUCUAAGGAUAAGUUGGAUCCUUUAAAAUGGUCUUCAUUAUUUAUUGUCUUAAUAUUGUCUUCGGUUAUUAUUUUCUUUAUUCUCAAGCCCUCUUUUUUCAAACUUUAGCUAUGUAUUAUGUAUCUAUCAAUGAACCAAGAUACUUUCAUUGAAAUUUAUUAUUCUGUUCACUUUCCUAAAGAGUGCAGGUUUGUCCAGCUCAUCAGCGCUUGUCUGCUGUUCAGGACUGGCAACAGUGCAUGGUAAUGGACUGGAAUUGAGUAAGGUCGGUUAAUAACUUCUUCUCGUCUUAAAACUGCAGUUAGACUUGACAGUUUGUUUGUAAAGUGAUUCCAGUAUCUCACCCACAAAUUCAUUAGACAAGUUACAAUGUUUAAGGCUUGUAGAAAAGAAAAAAGUGAAAAAUGCCCCUUUUGUCUUCUAGCAAAGUGGAAAUAGGCCAUUUGCAUGAUGACAUCAUUUUACUACUACAACCAGAAUCCUUCAGGGAUUUGCUUUCUUGUGCAAAUUGAGGUUUUUGUUAUUUAAACCUCGCUUUGAAUAUGAAAGAAAAAACACAAAGGAUUCUGGUCUGUAAAAUGACGCCAUCGUGCAAAUGGCCUAUUAUAGGAAAAUUGCAGCAACUGUUGCAUUGGAAUUGACUAUAGGAAUAAUUAAUUACGCUGAAGUUGCUGUUAAUGUUAUUGCAACCAAAGUGUUAGUCACUUUCAAAAUGAAAACCACAUACCAGUCAUAACAGUGUCUAGCUAUUUUAAUUUUUCAUUACAUUAUACUUCAGUGAUACAGCUACAGAAUGUACACUGUGGGUGACUUCUGAUUGGUGUUGUUGUUGUUGUAAUUAGCAUGAACUUGCAGAGGUGUGCACAAAAUGUGAGCGGUACAUUGGAACUGAAGGAGGAGGGUAGGUCAAGGCCUGUGCCAGGCUCUUAGAUAGUUGGACAUCACGAAAACAAAGGGCGCUUUCCGUUUACGAAGAAAUUUCGGAAAUUCCGGUUGGGAUGUUAAUGGGACACACGUUUUCCGUGCGUUCCACCGAAAAAUUUCCGGGAUUAAGUGGAAUUUUGAAAAGGUAGUCCUGUUUUCCCGUUGGAAACUUUCCUGUGGAAAUGCAUGUUCCAUUUACGAGUUUUCACAAGGAAUCGUCAGUUCCAGGCUAUUCACGGCGAUAUCUGUGUUGCUAUCUUAAGUUUUGGUGACGAGAGCUUGAGAAAAUGGAACUUGUGUCAAAUGGAACACGUUCUUCACUCAAUAGACCUCUCCAUGGAAGUUUCUCAAAGUUUUUGGUAAAUGGAAAGCGCCCAAGGUCAAGGAAAAAAUAGGAUGUUCAUGAUAUGGGAAAAUGUGCGGCGUUGGAAAGAGGUCCAUCAACCUCUCUCUCCCCAGCCGACGUGUGUUUUUUGCAACAGUUUUCAUGAUCUCUCCACAUUACUAUCUUGAAGCCUGGAACAGGCUAGUUAGGUCAUUACCGGUACUGUGCAGAUUUUGAAAUUCAAUAAUUUGUAAUCAUUUAUCGAGCACCCUAAGUGUGAAAAAUUGAAAGUGCAGUGCUAUUGUGUUUUUGAAUGGAUGAAUUUUCGAAAUUUCUGAUAGUUUGAAUAAAAACAAUUUUUUCCUCCAUACCAGCCACACCUAACACUGCAAUUUUUACCCACGAUUUUAACCAAAAUACAUUUCUCCAAGAGGGAUGAAAUAAUAUUGGGAUUUUAAAGGAAAAAAUUAACAUUUUGACUCUAUUCUAAGAACUGCAAAACCGGAAAUCUGACAACGAAACAAGUUUUUGUUCAGUUUUCCUUCACUACUCAAGUUGCAGGUUUUGUUUUCAUUAAGGAGCUUAAGCAACAACCAUGGCGACGGCCACGAAAACGUCACUUAAAAAGUAGGCUUGAUUUCCGCCGCUCUCUCAGUGAAUUCGCGCUACUUCAAACUUUAUCGCGCUUAUUCCAACUCGUUCAAUUCGUCCAAUGUUGAUAAAUUUUUCUGGAGUUGAAUUCUAAAAGACUGUAUCAAAGUUCAGGAAAAGAAAAAGAAAGUCGUUGUCUUGUGUUCAUGUCCUCGACAAAACGUGAAAUUAGGCAUUUUCACGCAGUGAUGGGAGAGCGUGAUGCACGUGCGUGAAGCACGUGAAAAGUUGUUGUUUUGCUAAUAUAAACCUAUUCCUUUUUUGCCGUUCUCCUUGACUUCGCUGUCGCCGUCGCCGUAUGCUGCAAAAAAAAACAUUUGCUGCCUUAGGCAAUUGAAAGUUCAUAUGUUCUUGUAUUUCGCAGAAUGGACCAGUCUAUUUCCUUUUUGGCCGAGCCAGGAACUGUAAGUAUUCAUUUGGAGGAGAUUACAGGCAACACUAAGCCUGUGCUCCAUAUGUCUUUACAAAUGUACUUUAGUUUACAAGUCUCUUUUUCAUAUUUUUUGUGUGUUCCACCCGCAAAUCACUCAGUGGAUAGUGUGUGGAUACUAAGAGACAAAAAGUAUAGCAAGUAGUUUACCACAAACAGACAUUGUUUGCACAGCGUUAACUCUAAAGUUUCCUUUCUUGUUUCUGAUACACUAAUUUUCUUUGAUUUGUUCUUUGUUAGGCAAAGCACAUUGAGUUUGAUCCUAUUAGAGCAUAUGAUGUAACUCUCCCAGAUGGAAUAGUGUUUGUGAUUGCCAAUAGUUUGGUAUGGAUCUGUAGUCAGUUUUUAUAUUACUAGCUAGGGGUUACAGGCCUUUUUCCUGGAGAUGAAUGGAACCAAGUGUGUGACCGCCUCCUUCCGAGAUAAAUUGACAUGGGACGUAACCACGGAAACGUCAACAGUUUAAAGAAAGCGACAUGUAUUAUGUCAACGUAGUUUCUGAGUUCCAAAAUGAAACAACCAAUUUGUAUACAGUAUACCGUAUUUAUUUGAUUACACGCCACAUUAUCAAAUUCUUAGCGUUCCCGAUGCUGCCUUUAUUUCAACAACUGUGAUAAAUCAUCUGUAAAUAGUGUGUAAAACAGGAAGAUGUUUCAAGUUCCAAUCUCUCGCUUUUUUGCCGCGAGAUAGUCGUUUAUUUUCUGGAUAGUGUAGAUACCAAGUUGUACCGAGUUUCGAAUAAACGCCGCAUUCAUUGAUUGGCUGUGGCGUUUAUUCGAGGGCGUCAUUUAAUCAAGUAAAUACGGUAUAUGGUGGUUUCUACAAGUGCAAAGACAUGCCGCAGCCGGUUGAUACCGUUGAAAAUAAAACCUAAAAGUGACAGCUUUGACCUCGUUAUGUAAAACACCGUGGAAGCAACCAUGUUUCACUUUGCAACCACGACUUGACUGAAAAAAUGUUCUUUAGUAGUUGUGCUGCAGAAAACGAAAUGCUCUCGAUUUUGUGCAAGCAAUUCUUUUCCUGCCUUUGCAACAUUAGAAACCAGUCGUCUUCAUUUGUAACAGAGUAUAAAAUGCAGAAUGAUGUUUUUGUUUAAUCCAUGUCAGGUGGAGAUGAAGAAAUCCGCUACUGCUGGUACACAUUUUAACGCUAGAGUGGUGGAGUGUCGUCUAGCAGCCAAGGUAUCAUACAGCAAGCAGAACGUCCUUAACCCAUUAAGCCAAAAUAUCCACACACAAAUUCUCCAAACUGAUCUCCAUACAUUUCUUUAAAACAUUAGUUGAGAGAAUUUGAUGAAAGAUCAAAACAUUUUCCCCAAGGCGAUCAUUUCAUUAAUUCUCAUGUUAUGCCUAUGUCAGGCGAAAAUUGAUGUUUGUCACUCCUUAGUGGGGAAAAAAGCGAAUAACAGGGUGAGCGCAUAGAGAGAGUAGAACCCAUUACUUGGCUCGCCUCGCCUGCUAAUUUUUCACGUUUGUGCUCCGUUAUUCGCAUUUUCCCUCGCCAAGGAGCCUGGGCCCUGGCUACAUUUAGAAACCUCUUCAAUGCAAAGAAAGGUUCGUUUAUAUGAUGCAUUCGCUUUCCUUUUCAUGCCAUUAUAACUUGUAGCUGGUGGUAUAUUUAUUAUAAUUAUUUUUAGGCGUUUUUUAGCCGAGCAAAGGCAAGCGCGGGGUGGGCGUGGAUUGCGAGACACGCGCCACGGGGAAAAGCGGAGAAAAACAUUUUUCCCGUCGCGUGUGUCUCGCGAUCCAAACCCCCCUCGCGCUCGCCCUGAAAAACGCCCUAAAAGAACGCCAGUAAUGCAGGCUUUAUAACAUGUUUUACCUCGUUUAUCAGUGUUUACUGUAUUUACCUAUGCUUGUAACAUGGGCCGGGUGCUUAUCACUAAGCCCAAAAUCCCGAAAAAAAUUCUACACGGAAUUAUUAAAUGGUCAGGUCAUUUUUUGGAAACUACACCUAAAAUUCAAGAUUAAGUUCCGAGGUAGUCCUACACAUGUUCGCCCCGUUUUUGUAACAGAGGCAUAGUAAUAAUGGUAACCGCUUUCGAUUAUGCCCCUCGGCAGCCUAAUCGGGAUUUUCGGUAAGCAUCCACAUUUCCCCUAUCCUGGUUAGUUACAUAUUUUUCGCUCUUUAAGAAGUAGUGUGCUUUCUCGCUAAUUUUUUUCUGACAUGGCCUCCAUCGGGUAACGGCUUACUAUUUUCCCGCGCUUUACACAGGUUUCGGCGGUUUUCCCGCGCCGUACAGAGGUUACAUGUUUUCUGCUUUUUGUUGGACAGGUACUGGCCAAAGUCAGCGGACUUGACUGGAAGAAUGUGCGCCGUUUGAGUGAGGUGCAACAAGGCAAAAAGAAAACCUUGGAUGAAAUGUAAGCCGCUACCAAGCGCAGGCAAACUUGAACUACAGAUGUAGUUACGUUGACGCCAUAUAAAAAUACGUACUUAACGAUGCUGAUCUUUCGUUUUCCUUUCUCCCUAAUGAGAGAAAAUUUGACUUUUAAGUUACUAGAAAGAAAAUGCUUUUGCCUCGUUAUGAACGUUACGGGUGACCAUAUGAAAGCAGCAAGCCAGAAUACACCUUAUUAGGUACCAUACGGUGAAACGGGCAUCAAAAAUGUGCAACUUGUUUGCAACAUUGCCGCAAAGUGAGUUGAAAAGCGAUGUUGCGUUUUACCGUCCACAUUCAAAACUAUUUUGCAACAAAUCAGUUUGUCGCGGGUUACAAAAAGUUGUUGCAGAAAGUAGAAAUUAGUCCUACUUUUUGCAACAAACUCUGUACAUGUUGCGCGUUUUACCGACUCAAGGCAAACUUGUUUUGCAGCAAGUGACGUAACUCCCGUAUAUGGUAUGAGUCCCGCGUAAUUUUAUCCAAUCAGAAGACAGUAUUCACGCAACUUUAUUUGUUGCAAGACAGGUUUGAACGUGGGUGUUAAAAAACGCUGCAUCGCUUUUCAACACGUUCUGCAACAAUGUUGCAAAACAAGUUGUACUUUUUUGUUGCACGUUUUACUGCAGCUUUAUGUAGCUAAUGUUAUUUUUGUUUAUCUCCGAGGCAGGGUACAAAUGGUAGACUCAGUUCUUCACACUGAACCGUACACAAAACAAGAACUUUGCCAAUUUUUUGGCUUGACGGUAUGUUGAAAGGAUUUAAGUCUUCGUUUCCUGAUACUUCGUUGUACAUACGCACUCCAUUCAAACUGAGUUUUUGUUUGGCUAGGGCUUUUAUCUAACCAAAAUUCUUAGGCCCAAAAGGCCCAACCACGGAAAUCCUUGUCAUAUUGUUGGAGUAUUUUUCUAACAAAAAGGCGCUCAUUCAUUAGCUAACACUGGAAAGCUAUGAUACUAGAAGCAGUGAUCUUUGGCUGCUGUUCACACCACAAGGCGCUUUAAAAACUUACCUGUAGGACAACCGUCAAUUUACCAGUUAGACAAUGGGGAGACAUGACAUGAUUUCUCGCCUACUGGAGGGCAAAAAGUACCUGCCUGUGUCCUGGCCAUGUGUGAAAAGAGUAACAAAGGUUUCAAAUGACGUAUACAUUAACAAAUCCUGUGAUCAUUCAUGUUGAUUUUGAAUUUUAUUCGCGGUCUAAGUACAGUCAUUUACCUUCAUGAUGUUGUUCUCAGAAUCUAUCACGUGCGUAAACGAAUGUGCAAAGAACCAAACUUUAAAUGCAGAGUAGAUCAUCACAGCUUAAUACGCAACUUAUACAGCUGCGAGAAGAAAGCCUGAAAAAUUUCAGGCUUGCCGGGAUUGGAACCCUGACCUCUGCGAUCCUAGCAAGCCAACUGGGGCCUGGUCAUUUAAUUGAUUCGUAAUAUACCGGUAUCUCAGAGGUUAGGGUUCGAAUCUCGGCAAGCCUGAAUUUUUUUAGGCUUUCCUUUCGCAACUGCAUAAGUUGCGUCUUAAACUGUGAUGAUCUCCUCUGUAGUUAUUUCUUCUUCCCGCAGUUCAAACAUGUGAAAUUCAUAUAUUCAUCAUUUCAUCGAACUGAAUUUUCUUACGCACUUGCAACGGUAUUUUUUGCCAUAGUAAAAAUGAAAUCAGUUUUUUUUUCAUAAUCUACAAGCAAACAGUUGUUAGUCUUUGAUCUAGCAAAUUCCUUUCUUUUUUACGACACCUCUGAUUCUAAUUCUAGUUUUAAUUGUGUAAUCUGGAAAAGGCAUAGUCUAUCACAGCAGAAGCAAAUGUGUAUGUGCCAGUGUUAAAAAAAAAUGAGACAAGGUGCGCGUGUUGAAUAAAAAAUAAUAAUGGGGUCAGCGUUUUUUUUAACAUGGUACCUGGUGGCUUUUUUCAAAGCUUCCACUGACUGCUCUUCAACAACUCUAUUUGGUAAAAAGUUCCAGUCUCUGAUAGUACUUGCAAUAAAAGUGUCUUGGUAUUUGUUUGUCUUGGCACUAACUUGUCUAGUGACCUGUCGCUUUUUAAAUAAUAAUUUAUAUAGGGUGGACAUUGUAUGGUUGAUAGACCAGGAACCACUUUAAACAUCAUUGUAUCUCAAUGUAUACAUGGUUUUUUUUAAGGAAGAUGAGCUGAUCAGUGGGUGCAUGAGUCCUUCAACAGCCGGCGUCAACAGCUUCAAGCUCCAUGAUCGUGCCAUGCAUGUGUACUCUGAAGCUUCUAGGGUGUUUAAGUUUAAAAGCGUGUGUGAAGAAAAACCUGCUAACGCUAUUCAGGUGAGAACAUUUGUGGAUGUUAGUCAAAGCUUUAUCUUCUCUAUGUAAUCAAUGGGUAAAGGAUGAAUACUGCAUUUAUUCGAUCGGCGUUUAUUAAUUUUUUGCGUUUUAGCGUUUUCUUUUCUCUUGUUUCUGUAUUCCAGUGACUGUUUAGUUAUUUGCAUCGGAAUUAUUAUUUCAUGUUAUUUAUUUAUUUCAUUUUAUUAAUUUAUUCUGUUCAGGUUUUGGGCGGACUUAUGAAUGAAAGUCAUGAAAGCUGUAGUAAAAUGUACGAGUGCAGCUGUGAAGAACUGGAUCAGUUGGUGUCCCUGUGCAGGUAUUAUACACUUAAAAUAUCCGAUCCGUAGUUAUUUUGUCCCUUCUCCUUUCUACAAAGCGCACUUCACAAUAACUGAGUAUCCUAAUCCUAUUUUGCUCGAUUUUUCUGCCAAACACACUGUCUUUGGCGAUCUUAUUCGGACCAGCACUAGACACAACACUUGCUUGAACUCCGUCCCGUUUACAAGACAAAGAACAACAAAACCGGAGAUUUUCAAUCAAAUCUUUAGACUACGAGUAGUCCCCCAUAUUUCCUCAGGGAUAGUAGAGCGAGCGAAACGCGAGCACGCGUGAAAAUCACCCCACGCGAGAAAAGGCGACACAUUUUUCUCUCUCCCCGCCGCGUGUCGCCUUUUCUCACGUGGGGUUAUUUUCACGCCCGCUCGCGUUUCGAUCGCUCUACUAUCCCUGAGGAAAAAUGGGGGACUACUCGUAGUCUAUCAAAUCUUAAACUCGAAUUUUUUUCAGCCUUAGCUUGACUUGAGAGGGGAGCUUUUCCCAGAUGUCUCGACAUGUCCCAGCAACUUUGUCUGAGUUUGUAGAUCGGUUCGACACGCAACGCAAUUUUGCAAAUUCUGCGCCUGUCUGACUGGUAAGAACUCAGAUUAGGCUUGAGCAGACUGUUCGCGUCUAAACCGAUCCAUUUACACUAAGAGGCCGGCGUGGUCCGGUGUGAACACACCUGACACGAUCCCGUACCAAUAGCUUUUUCUUUCUUCUUACCCUUUUCCUUUUAGGAAAUCUGGAGCAGUUGGCUCCAGGCUCACAGGUGCUGGUUGGGGCGGUUGCACAGUCUCACUGGUACCCAUUGCUUCUCUCAACGAUUUUAUGGAAGCAGUGCGUGAUGGGUAUUAUGCCGGCGAUCCAGACAGGCUCAGCCGGGUGUCCGAGAGUUUGUUUGCUACUCAGCCGGGGAGUGGUGCUGCCAUAUUAAAACUUGAUUAACAGACAUUUAAAUGGCUUAGAUGACUUUAUUUUCAUGAUCAAAGUAAAGAGUUUACAAAAAUAAAAAGAUUUAUGCCCUUGAGAAGGUAUCGAAUGAUCAGGAGCCAUAGUCAUACCCCGGUUAUGGCUCCUGUAUCGAACGAUAAAAGCAUCUACUACACAACACAUGUUAAAAUAGGCAUGGUAAAUUAUUUUUCAAAAUUUCAUUCCCCGGGUUUUUAUUAUUGGGUUUUU